UGUUCUGUAAACGUAAUGUUAGGUAUUGUGAAUUUUGUAUGUAUUCCACAGAGAAAAUCCAAGAUUUCUUCAAGUCGCCGGUUAGGGUUAAAGAUAAAGAUGUUAACUACAGCACAGGAGAUGCUGAUGGUUGAAAAAGAGGAUAAGAAGAAAGAGAGAGAUACUAUCCUCAGUGAGAGGGUUCCUCCACUGAAGCUCUCAGGCUUGUCAGUGCAGGAGCUCCAGGACCUUUGCAAAGAUUUGCAUCACAAGAUCGAUGUUGUUGAUGAGGAGCGGUAUGACAUUGGAGUAAAGGUGGCAAAAAAUGAUAAGGAGAUACAGGAAAUGAGCCAGAAGAUCUUUGAGCUGAGGAGUAAGCUGAAGAGGCCUGCACUGAAGAGAGUGAAGAUCUCAGCAGAGGCCAUGCUGAGUGUCCUUCUGGGCUCCAAGCACAAGGAGUCCAUUGACUUUAAGGCCAAUCUGAAGACAGUGAAGAAAGAGGAAGAGAAGAAAGAGGAAGUGACUGACUGGCGUAAGAACGUGGAGGCCAUGUCUGGCAUGGAGGGCAGGAAGAAGCUGUUUGAUGCUGGUGGUCAAUAGAUGUUUGCUGGGGAACUCUGCAUCUAUACCUAACAACAGGACAAAGGGAUGCAAACAGAAUGCUGGAAGUCUUCUAUGUGAAAAUGAAACAUUUAAACAGACUGGACUGUUACUUUUAUUGUGAUGUGAAAGAUUAUUCCUUUUUUUCAAUACUUAAUAUUUUAUAAGGCAAGAGAGUGCUAAUAUAUAAAUAUACCUUGACAUUUGUAACAGCAGUUUAACAAAUUAUAGCAAAUGCAGAUAUUGUGUGUUGUGUGAGUUUUAUGAACUUUUUGAGUCUGCUUCUCAACUGAGGAUUAGGACUAGUGCUGAACACUACAGAGUUUUGAAUGGAGAGACUAUUUUAGAAUAAGAUUUUUUUUUUAUUUUGUUGAGAAAAUGACAAUAAAUGCAAUUAAAAUAUGAAUUUAAAA